AUGAAGUAUUGCUACGUCACAGAGGUGCUUAAGAUCCGUCGGCUCUUCCUCAAAAUUGUGUCUUUCCAAUCCGCGGCUAACAUGAUGUACAUGAAAGUAUCAUUUACUACGUUUAAUAUCUACCAUAGUUUAUGCGCUCCUGUUUACGGAUCGGUUAAAUUGUUGAUUAUGUCCAUUCUACCUGCUAACUACAGAUUUACUGAAGGAUUAGCUUGCCUUAUGGAACGAUCGUCACUACGUGGAAUCAUGGAGCAAUUCACAAUUACUGCUGAUGAUAUAAAUGAUAUAAUAACUUUUACACAAUUAAUAUGUAUAACACUAAAUGUAACUAUACAUAAAAGUAAUAUUUAUUGAUCAUUAUUUUGAAAACUCAAAGAUUGAACUCGAGGAUGGAACGCUGCGUAUGUAUUGUACAGAAGAACAGACAGGUUAGUUACGCUAAAGUAACUUUCUCGACUAACAUGCUAGCCUAAUCUAAGGAGGGGCUAAAUGAGACAGCCCGCGCGAAUGUCGCUCAACUGUACGAGAGAGGAGAAAGGUGGUUCAGUCAUGUUAUCCUAAUAUUUCGCGUCUUGUGUGCGGGAUGUGAGCACGCACCGCAUUUUAAUGUAAAGAAAAUGCGUAAGUACUUACAUGUGCAUACAUGUUAUAAUCUAUGUAAAAAGUAUAUAACAAACAUAUAUAU